GAAGCACAUAUCUGCACAUGCAGUGGCCACGCACGCUAUAUAGUAUAUAGUCAAUGUCUUGGGAGUGACCUCACGGACAUAACCACGUAACGUAUCAAACCGUGUUUGUUGCGCGUUUUGUGUCAUUGUUAUUGUUAUUAAUUAUUGUUAGUAUUAUUAUUUCAGAACAAAUACUAAAUCAAAUGCACUAAACAUUUAAUAAUGUCCCAUCACCACCCUUCAACAACAACUCCGAAUACAUUUUGUCAAAAAGACAACAAUCAAUAAUUCACAACCUCAACCUCUCCGCUCUCACUUGUUUGAUUUCUAGUAUCACAUACACAGCACAAAACCAAUUGUGUUCUUGUAAGGAGUACCCACAUAACCAUAACAGAUAUUGUGUCUUAUUUAGUUUGACAAACUGGCAAAAUUCCACUUCAAAAGGUCUAUUUCAAGAGACAAAUAUUCAUGGAACUUUGAAGAGUUGAGGCAUAAGCAUAUACUACUCUGGCCAAUUCUCUAGCUAUAUAUCCACCAACUUCAGCAGGCGUUGGUGCUUGGCUUUCUGGUCCAAAGUUUUGUUUGGACAAGCUCCUAUCUCUUGUCCUGCUCCUUCCCACUGAUUAUGGUUAACUUUCUCUGAUUUAAUCUUCUCCAAUGUGAUUCAAUCUUCUGCAUCACAGAGUAGUGAUGUAAAAGAAAGAGGAUUGUGUGUAAGAACCAGCACAAGGUUUGACAGGUUGAGUAUAAAAGGAUUUAGAGCAAGCUUAAUUUUCUGUCAUGGCGAUGUGUAGAUGUGUCUCUGUUUUGAUCGGAAGGAAGGAUAAAAUCAAGGGCAUUGAAGGAUCUUCAAAAGGGGACCUCAAAAAGAUACAUGCCACCAAAGUACAACACCCGACGAUAUUAUCCAAGAGUCGUGAUAUAAAGCCAGAUGCCACCCAUGAUGUUACAACCUGUGGUACGCAGAUGAAUUCAAGAUCCAAUGUGAAAGUUACGAGUCUCGAGAGUCAUGCGAAGACUGAAGUAGAGGAAGCUUACGAAGGAGAAGAUGAGCAUGAAGAUUCACCUUCCAUCAAGAGAGAGCUCUCUGAUUUUGAUCUCCAAGUUCAUGAAGCUGUUGCAAACAAAGGAGGAUAUGACCCAACAGGUAAAGAGAUGAACUCCCCCAGUUUAUAUAAAGAAAAAGCCAACAUUCAAUUGGAAGACAGAGACGAAUACCACAAAAAGAGUGUUGAUUUAAUCCUAAGUGGGCAUGUCAGCGAUCCUGGGAUGGGAAGGUCCAACUUCUGGGCCUCUCCACAGCUCAAGCGAUCUUGCUCUAACAUGGAAAGAAGGGAUAUACUUAGGAAGACAGCUCAUCACUUUCCAACUUCAAAGUCACAGUCUUUUGAGGAUUUGCAGGAAUUAUCAGCAAAUCAGAUGGUUAACCUAGAAAGCCCCAGGUCUGUGACGACUCAGCGCAGUGCUGAUAGAGUGAUGUUGAAAAGGCGUUCGUCUAGUCAAGUUCUCCCUUCUGGAAGUAAAAAAUUAUGGUGGAAGUUGUUCCUCUGGAGCCACAGGAACAUUCAUCAACCUUGGGUCAGCAAAUCAACACAAUUACAUCCUGCAAGUGCUGUUUUAAAUAGUCAAUGUGGGUACUCUUCGGAUAUCCUGGAACCAAAACAAGGUAAUACUUUGAGACACAGGAGAUCACCCUCUCCUACAUCAUCUUCUAGGGAGUUCUUUAGCAAAAGCGGCAAGGAUAAAACCAUUGAUAAUCCAAGCUGGAGCAGAUUUCAAAAAGAAAAAAACUUCGAUUUUCAGACACAGAAUCAAUGGGUAGCUUUCUCAACAGAAUCAUCCUCCUUUAACAUAGUGGAUGAGUGGGUGAAAGAUCUUGAAAAUCAGCAGCCACCUUCUGAGGAGGAUUUUGCUGAUGACAAUAUUGAAAACACUGUCUCUCCACCUCCGGAUGCUGAUAGAUCAAUAGCAAGAAGCACAAUUCAGUUGACUCGACAUCAAGAUGGCAACCUUUCAAAGGAUAUUUUGUACGCGAAUAGCGUGGUUCAAUCUCUGAAUCCAGCCUCAACUGCAGCUCAUAUAUCUGGUAUUGGUAUAAAAGCCAUCCCUGCAAUUACACACUUCUCCAGUCUUCGUUCUGUGAAUUUGUCGAACAAUUUCAUCGUUCAUAUAACACCUGGAUUUCUCCCAAAGGGUCUUCAUACACUUAAUUUGUCAAGAAACAAGAUCAGCACCAUUGAGGGCCUCCGAGAAUUAACCCGGUUGCGGGUACUUGACCUAAGUUAUAAUCGCAUCUCAAGAAUUGGACAAGGGCUAUCAAAUUGUACACCAGUCAAAGAGCUAUAUCUUGCAGGAAACAAGAUAAGUGAUGUUGAGGGGCUACACAGGUUGUUGAAGCUAACUGUUCUGGACUUAAGCUUUAACAAGAUCACAACAACAAAGGCAUUAGGCCAGCUAGUAGCUAAUUACAACUCACUUCAGGCCUUGAAUCUGAUAGGAAAUCCAAUUCAAAGCAACAUCAGUGAUGAGCAGCUGCGCAAAGCAGUUUGUGGUCUUCUUCCAAAGGUAGUGUAUCUGAACAAGGAAUCCAUCAAGCCUCAAAGGACACGGGAGAUGCUCACUGAUAGUGUUGCCAAAGCUGCACUUGGAAACAGCAGCCGGACCCCCACCAGAAGAGCACUGAAGAAAGGUGGCCAAGGAGGAUCAAGUUCCUCCAGUGUGCAUAGAAACAGCGCUAGUGUAGCCCAGAAAAGCAGGCACAGAUCAAAAAGCCAAACUAAACAUCGUUAGUUGUCUGAAAAAGGAACAGUUCAUUAGUCUUUUAUGUUUCCAAGACUUUACGGUAAGGUUUGGUUGUAGGCUUUGUGAUGUUUGCUUCAACCUGUAACUAUUAGUGUUUGAUUUAUAUACCAUAAAGGAGACUGCACAAGGUUGCUAGACAUUGACAGUCUCUUUGUUUAUGACUUGAUGUAAUAAAUGAAGUCUUCAUCUCCAUUCUGCAAAUGUAAUGCAUGAAAUUUGAUUCAUCAUAUGGAAAUUCUGUGAACUUCAUAUGUAUACAAUUUUGGUUGUACGAAACAGUAAUUGGCCUGCCUAA